CCAUACUCAAUACGAGCAUCAGUCACCGUCCUGAUAAUCCAGAUGAUGUGAGAAAAAUAGUCAACUCUUCCAUCAUCGCCAUCACCACCACCGCCACCGCCACAACCAACGGCAACAACGCUUCGUUUCUCUCGGAGUAGCAGAAUGCAAAAAGAUAUAUGUUUUUACUGUAGCAAGCCGGGUCAUUGGGCGAGAAUUUGCCCGAGCAAAACUCCCGAGAAGUCAUCACCUUCCUCCAGUCGUGGUGGACCCACAAGGAGGUGCGAUUAUCCCUUGAUCCACUGUCCAUGUGGUAAUGGAACUUGCCGCAUUUGGGUUUCUAAAACUGAAAAGAACCCUGAUAGGAGUUUCUACACCUGCCCUGUACAGGGAAGUGGAAAAUGUAAAUUUUUUAAAUGGUGUGACGAGAUGAAAAAAGAAGAUACAAAGAUUCCUCCUAAAUGUCGUUGUGGUGCAGGAACAUGUAGGAAAUAUGCUGAAGUUAAAGGACCCAACGUGGGUCGCAGCUAUUUUGUUUGUCCCAUAAAAAAGGGACUUGGGGCAUGCCUAUUCUUUGAAUGGGCAGAUAGUCAAUCAUCCAAAAGCAAAGGCUAUGGCUCACCUCAAUCUAUGUGUGAUAGCCACAAGGUUUUUGAUGAAACAAACAAUGAAUUGCAAACUGAGCAGCAUGAGAGGAUGGAAUCCAUUUUGUCAAACCCCCAAGAUUUCCCGAAUUCUGAGGCUGUGCCUACAUCUUCAGCCCAAGCUUAUGUACUGUUGAAGGAGAACCAAGAUUCUGGUAGGACAUCAAGAAUUUUGCCUGAAAAAGGACAUGAUCCAUCCCUAUGUUUGACUCCCCAAAAUGAAAAUACUGUCCCCAAUUCUACCAAAGGUGAUCUAGUCAUGCAGGAGGUAGAGUCAUGGGAUUCCACAAUGCAGAAAGCUUCAGUGGAUCGUCUAAUGUCUCAGUAUGAUAUUCAUUGCCGACAGAUGGAGUUUUGGAAGCAGAUUUCUGUUGCGGGCAUUUCAACCGCAGAUGUGAUUUAUCAAAGCUUAGGUCUCCAACUGGUGGGCUGGUUGGGCAGGCUUGCUUUCCCUCCUCCACGAUGUUUAAAAGAUCGUCCUCCCAGUCCUUUCUUUUGUGGUAUAUUUCCUUCAUAUGAUCUCAUCUUCGUUCCUAAAGACAGAAAUAUGCAUAAUCCUGAAGGCUUAACUUGCUUGCCAAGCCAGUCUCUUUCCCGCGGUGACGAUGACUAUUUAUUAUUGCCAAUUCCUGGGCAUGAUCUUCAGCUCUGGAAUGGUGAUAUCCGGAAGCCAUCAGGUUCAGGUCUCAAACGUUCUUCCACUACAAUAGAGGAUGAAAAUGUUAGAGAUUUUGUUGCAAGUUUAAUUUCAAAAUCUCUUGAGGUUCUGCAUAUUCAGAAUCAGCUUGUCAUGAUCCCGAACUUGAUCAGUCUGUCUAAUUAUGAUUCCAUGAAAGAAGCUGCACGCUUAUUUUUACCUCUUCUAGAUGGCAUGCCAGUUCACAAUGAUGCAUUUUCUGGUCGUGUGAAACAAUUCAUUGAUUCAGUGACAAGACUUUCUGCCGUAGAGCAGUCGAUCUGCAAUGAACAAUCCUUGCAAGGGUGUACUGAGCUGUAUAACAGUGAAAAGGUUCACUUGGGUCAUAUGUCUAAGGUCCAUGAGAAGGCUGUCUCUGACUUUACUUCUUCCAGGAAACAUCUUCAGUCACUUCGAGAAGAGGCUUCACUUCUUAGGGACAUGCUUCGCCAAAUUGAGGACAAGUUGUGUUGUUGUGAGGCAGAGACUGUAGAACUGAAGACUCUUCUAGAUAAGAUUAAUAGAGAUAUGCUGGAGUCCAAGAGACGCAUGCUAAAAGCUGAAGAAGCUUUGAAACUUUGCAAGCAGAGGGAAGAAGAGGGAUGUGCGGCAAAGGUUGCACUGGAGAAGAUAUGUUGGAGUAUGAAAGAAGUAUGUGGCUUGCCUUUGUGGAAGCGACAGAAACUUUGAACCUUUUUCAACAGAGAGAAGAGCAGCAAUAUGCUAUCGAGUAGCGUCAGAGAAGGCAGCUUUACAUCAUCCAGAACUAUAUAGCUGACUAAGCAGCAAUAUUAUAUUUCUUUUCGUAUAAUCUGAUGGGAGCCUCAUACUAACUAGUAAAUUGUAGAUGUCUCUUAUGUAAAUCCAUCCAUCCUUCUCUCUCAAUCUUUGUUCAUAUGCAGCUGUAUGUUAGAAUAAGUGAAGAAUAUGAAGUUUCUGAGGCGUUGUGCUUCCUUCUUGCUUUUGUUUCCUACUAUCUCAAAGCACCUCACAGCCCAUUUCAAGGAAAUGCUGUCCCUUUUCGCGAGGCAGUCUUACUUCUGUAGUUUCCCUUUCAAGACUUAUCUUCAAAAGAAUCAAAACUUUGAAUCUUUCUUUAAUAAUUCUCACACUGCUCUGUUCCUCAGUUGCCACAUGGAAUUCGAGAAGUUGAUCGUGACGGUGUGAUUAA